CCGAGGUCGGUCUAUUUGCCUUUCCGCCUCCUAAAAUGAGAUUUAGCCCUUGCUCCGGAGAAGCCACGAAGCGCGCGGCCCGAGAAUUCCGCCGCGAUUUCACGCAUGGUAGAAGAGCGCGGCCGGGAGAAGAUGUGCGCCCCUCCGGAAACAGAGUAGGCGCUCUUCGUGACCCGCUUCGCGCUCCACUUCCUCGUCGCGGUCGUCGGCUGAGCCUGCCAUCUGGGUCAGGAGCGGGCUGGCGGCCGUGCAGGGAUGCGCCGGCUGCGCCACUAGCAUGACGGUCACCGCCGCGCGUCUGCCGCUGCUCCUGGCGCUGGCCGCCGCCGCCGCCGCAACACAGCCGUCGUCGCCGCUCCAGCUGCCCGAUGUCAAGUUCAGCUGUCAAGGCCGAGCGACCGGUUAUUAUGCCGACGUUGAGCUGCGCUGCAGCGUCUUCCACUACUGCGGCGCGCAGGGCGACCGAUACUCUUUCGUGUGCCCGCCAAAGUCCACCUUCAAUCAGCGGCUUCUCAUGUGCGACUACGAGCCUGGUGCAUUGGAAUUGUGCGCCCGUUCGGAGAGCCUCUACAACGUUAGCACGGCGACGCCACGCCUGCGCAAGCCGGUGACUAGGCCGCCCACGACGACGACGACGACUCCGGCGCCCAGCAGCACGCCGUCGCCCACGCCAGUGGCUGUAUUCGGCAAACCGCGCAGCACCACGGCCGUGCCACUGAGUGAAGAAGACGAAGACUGGCUGGACGACGAAGGCGUCAGGAAUGAGACCCAGUGGUCCAGCAACGAGACGCAGUGGUCCAGCAACGAGACGCAGUGGUCCAGCAACGAGACGCGCUGGUCUCAGCCCGUAGAGCACCACGAAGAUGGCGGCUGGCAACCAUCGGAACCGCUGUUCGAUCGCGACGCGCUUUUCGAUAACCUGCGCUCGCACGAGAGCGCAGUCACCUACGAGGAACCCCGCAGCGGCGAUUCUGGGGCCAAUUCUUUUGUGGUGUACGACCCCAGCGAGCUGGGACGCCCUUUUUAUUACCAGCCGGAGCCGGCGAGCUACGAGCCGCCGAGGCCCCCGUGGCAGCCGAUGGCCGAAGUGCUUCUGGGCCGCCCAACCGGUAACUACUACAAGACGCCCUCAGGAUACUUUGAGUUCCGCCACAGGUCGUCGUCGCGUAGAAGGGCUCGCUCAGCGCGCGGAAAGCGCCAGCUGCUGCUGUCGCGGUUCUUCAAGCGACAGCCGCUGCGCCUUCCGCCUCCCAGGGAAGAAGAAAGUGGCUGGCUGCCCAGCGUUCACUUUCCGCUCAGGGGAUUCUUUCCGCCCGAUCCACCCGCGUGGCCUUCACUACGAUUGCCCCCGGCCAAAAGCGCAGCGCCACCACCGACUCCCUUCCAGGUUGAACACAGGCCGCACGCGCACGCGUUUGGCCGGCCCUCGCUGCAUCCGGAUCGUUUCCUACCGCCCCGGCCACAGCUGCCCCCGUUCUCCCCUGAGCUGCGACCGUGGUCUCAGCUCGGUGUCUCAUACCUGCCGGAGACCAUGUUUGUGCCACCUCAUGUGAUACCCGGUCGGACUGCACCACCUCCGAUGGUAGUACACCGCCAGACGGCGCCACCUCCGAUGGUAGUAUCCCGACAGACAGCGCCACCUCCAAUGUUGGUACCCCGGCAGACGGCGCCAUAUCCGCUGCUGUCACCACGGCAGACGUCGCCACCUCCCGUGGCGCCACUCAGACAGGCUGGCUCGCGGUUGCCCAUGAAGCGCCCGCCGCCUAGGAAGAAGCCCGGUCGCAGACGCCGUCCCACGCCCCCGCCGCGUACUACUACCAGGUCAGCACCCGCUAAAGACAACCGCACGUACAGUUGGUACGGCGGGUGGACCACCAUUGCGCCUCCCAGGCCCGUGCCAGCGAAACCUACGCCGCCCACUCCCACAAAGCCAAGAUCAACGCAGCUGUGGUCUCUGUCCAGCAAGUCGCCUAACUCCUCUUCACCUAGAUCGACUCAAACAGCGACGCUCAAGCUCAGUGCGACAACACCCUUCAGCUGGGAGCGGCUGCGCACGGCAACUUCAACCACAACCCCUCGACCCGCGACCAUAGUGCGCGUCUUUAGCAACAAAAUCGGUUCCUCGGUCAUGGCUACGGCAGGUACACCGCGCACCACGACGACAUCGACGCCUCCGACCACAGCCUUAGACGUCAAGGACAACGUGAUUGGAAACGGCCGAGACCGGGGAUUUCCCUUCGAGUUUUUCACAGAUGUCAACAAGCUGGUGGCGCGAACCACGCCGCAACCACAGCCCGUGUACAAGCCGCCCGCAAGCCGCGAACCUGUUACCGAAGUGGUGACGGCAAUCUCCUUCAGUGAGUCCGCCCCGGCGGCGUGACGUCUGGCCGUUGCCCAGUCGAGCAGUGCUCCCUUCGCGUGAGUUUCGCUGCUAAGCAAGUGCGUCGCAACAAACACAACCACUGCGCCUACUGCACAAGCGCGUGCGGGCGCUACGGGCGUGUCGAUAUGUAUAUCGCAUAAAUGCAUCGCUGGCCGAAGCUGCGAAGAAGCGCAUUCUCGACCUUGACUUGUUAACGAAAGGCGUUCAUGUCGUUCGUGAUGACAGUACUAGCGGCUGACGGAAGGAGUUGACGGCUGUUUUGAAGUAUCCCACAUCGACACGGAUGCAUAUAGGGCGCAUGUGGGCAUUCGCAUCAGCGACAAGAAGUAGUAUGCUGAUUACUUGUGGGGCGCAGGCACACCCAGGACGGCAGCAAGGUGCACCUCAGAACACUGCAGUCAGUUAUGAGGACAGCACACUGUUAUCGGUACCACAUACGAGGGGCAACUGGAGUGGCCCGUGAUGCAAAAGUGCAUGUGCAUGCAUUAGUUAGCAGUUUUAGUAGGAGAUAAUAUCUUGGGUGACCAUGCAAGCUCGGAUAAUGACGCUUCCAAAACUAUGACUGUCCUGAAGAGCCGUGCCUGUCCCUUCACUAGUUGCGGGUUUGGUCAUGACACCUUGUUUCAUAGAACCUUCGAUCCUCAAAAGAACAUCCUCUUCUAUGUCAAUUUGUUCCUCUGCGCCUCAUGCUCACACAUUUUCCCCGCUUCCCUCGGUGCGUCUCAAUGUUACCUCCGGCUCAUGUGUAUACAACACUGUCAAACCUGACUAUAUAAACGUUGUUCGAGCUUAACAUUGCCUUUAUUUUAUUUCUUUAGAAAAAGAAAGUUAGUGACGUUUCACUUCGUGAACGCUGGUUAGGCGCAAGCAUAUGGACGC